GAUCACGGAAGGGAGCCGACAAAAGUGAGAGUCUCAUCACCUUCGUGCUGUAGUUUACCGUCAUCUUUUGGGCUGUCUGGGCGUCUAAAAAGUCAGUGCCAACCGAAGGUUCUUAUCAGUAUAGAACGGACCACGGCCUCGUACAGGAGGACCAUAAAUAUUCCGAGUAGUGUAGUGAGUUAUAAGAACAAAAUGCUGAAAUCGAUAGUUCUAAUUGCCGUGUUUGCGGUUGCCGCUACACAUGCACAACAGUUCCAGUGUCCGAAGAGCAGGGGUCAGUUCGAGGAUACGAUUCAGUGCGACAAGUACUACGUGUGUGAUGAAGGGGUAGCAACGGAGAAGUACUGCCCUGAUGGGCUUGUGUUCGACCAAUCUAUCAAACUGGUGAACAAAUGCGACCAGCCCUUCAAUGUUGAUUGCGGCGAUCGGUUGGAAUUGCAGGAACCCCAGGGAACUACCGACUAUUGCCCACGUAAGAAUGGUUUCUUCAGCCAUCCGGAUCCAACCAUCUGCAAUGUAUUCUACAGUUGCAUCAACGGGGAAGAAGUGGAAAUGAAAUGCACAGGAAGCCUUCAUUUCGAUGAAAAGUCCGGAACUUGUGUCUGGCAAGAUGUGGCUGCCCGUACUGGAUGCGCUACCAACAGUUACAAGCAACUUAGUGAUGGCUUCGCGUGCCCCAAGGAGACCCGUUUCGACAAAAAUGGUCUAACCAUCACCCACCCCAACUACCCUCACCCGACGGAUUGCUCUCGUUUCUACUACUGCCUGAAUGGAAACGAGCCACGUCAGGGACAGUGUGAUGCUGGACUUGUCUACAACGAAGACGUUCAGCGUUGUGACUCCCCGGAAAAUGUUCCGGAAUGCAAAGACUGGUAUAAGGAUGAGGAUGAUAAGAAGCUUGUUCUCACUCUUUUCAAUAGAUGCAUUCUUGAUGGUCUUCCAUUGUACUUCUCCGUUCCUACCUUCUGGAACACCCUCUACUCUGGUCUACAAGCGCGAACAACCUUUUCGCUAUUGGAUCUUAUAGUUGUACAUUUGAACAUCAUGCACAAAUCACUUCUCUUGGUAACUCUGCUGGUCUACGGAGUAUAUGCCGCUAACGAUGAUGACUACUUCGACUUCACCUGCCCCAAAGAGAAUGGACAAUACGAGGAUCCGUAUCAAUGUGAUAAAUACUACGAAUGCAACGGAGGACGAGCGAAAGAAAAACUUUGUCCCGAUGGUCUAGUUUUCGACCCUACAAGUAAACUGCCCACAAAGUGCGAUCAACCAUUUAACGUGGAAUGUAACGAGCGUAAAGAGCUGCAGAAAUCGAGACCCAUAGGCGCUUGUCCACGACAAAAUGGGUUCUUUGCUCACCCGGACCCAUCCAUCUGUAACGUAUUCUACAACUGCGUCAGUGGAAGAGAAAUUGUGAUGACAUGCGUUGCUGGACUUCACUUCAACACAAAAACCGGCACCUGCGUUUGGCCGGACAUGGCUAACCGCGUUGGUUGUGGAAGUAAUGCCAACAAAAAGCUAUCGGAUGGCUUCCAGUGCCCAACCGAUUAUCCAAAGGUGGAUAAGAAUGGCCAAAGCAUCACUCAUCCCAACUUCCCUCACCCGGAAGACUGUACCAAAUUUUAUAUCUGCCUGAAUGGUGUUGAACCAAGACACGGCAAUUGUGACGCUGGUCUAGUGUACAACGAGGAUCUUCAGCGUUGCGAUGAUCCCGAAAAUGUUCCCGGAUGCCGCAAACCCGGAGAACUAGACAUGGUUUCUUCAAUUUUACGAAGAUUAGUUUACAUUAGAGAUAACACCGUAGAAUCAUAGGACCAAUCAGUUUAAUGAUUAACAUAAGCUAAACAGUCAUUGUACCUUUUUUAUAUUAUCAGAGAUUUAUCUACUUACAAAUAAACUUUAAGAAUAUUGUUGAAUUU